AUGGAAGAGACCGUAGACGUUAGUGCUGAUCUAGCACACUCCCCUGGGACUAGUCUGACUCCUCAGUUCAAACUUCUGAACAUGAGGUUCCCUGCUCAGCUCCUGGGGCUCCUCCUGCUCUGGGUCCCAGGAUCCAGUGGGGAUGUUGUGCUGACCCAGACUCCGCUCUCCCUGUCUUUCACCCCUGGAGAGACGGUCUCCAUCUCCUGCAAGUCUACUCAGAGUCUGAAAUAUAGUGAUGGAAAAACCUAUUUGUAUUGGUUUCAACACAAACCAGGCCAAUCACCACAGCUACUGAUCUAUCAGGUUUCCAACCGUUGCACUGGGGUCCCAGACAGGUUCACUGGAAGUGGAUCAGGGACAGAUUUCACACUGACAAUCAGCAGAGUGCAGGCUGAGGAUGCUGGAGUCUAUUACUGUUAUCAAGAAAGCCCCGCGGGCGUCAUCGCCAGAGGAGCUCGCCGAGAUGGCUGCCACCAGUCAAGGUGCACACGUUUCAUAUUCCAGAAGGUUGGAAAACUGGCUGCAACGGCUGUGGGAAGUGGAUUUUCUCUGCUUCAGCUUGCAAACCAUACUGGCUACAUCAAAGUGGACUGGCAGCGUGUAGAGAAGGACAUGAAGAAGGCCAAAGAUCAGCUGAAGAUCCGCAAGAGCAACCAGAUACCUACAGAGGUCAAGAGCAAAGCAGAGGAGUUCAAACUUCUGAACAUGAGGUUCCCUGCUCAGCUCCUGGGGCUCCUCCUGCUCUGGGUCCCAGAGACUGUAGCAGAAAUAACCCUCUUACAAUCUCCAGCAACGGUGUCAGUGACUCCAGGAGACAGAGUCACUAUCACCUGCAAAGCCAGCCAAAAAGUGGAUGAUGACUUGUACUGCUACCAACAGAAACCAGGACAAACUCCUAAGCUCAUUAUUAAACAGGCUUCUACUCUUAUCUCUGGGGUUCCAUCCAGGUUCAGUGGCAGCGGGUAUGACAUAGAUUUUACCCUGACAAUUGAUGACAUCAAAUCAGAAGAUUCUGCUUAUUACUUCUGUCAACACGAUGAGAAUAUCCCUCCCACAACGUCGGGUCAAGGAACCAAGCUGGAAAUCAAGCGGUCUGAUGCUCAGCCAUCCAUCUUCCUCUUCAAACCAUCUGACGAGCAGCUGACGACUGAUACUGUCUCUGUCGUGUGCUUGGUGAAUGAUUUCUACCCCAAAGAUAUCAAUGUCAAGUGGAAAGUGGAUGGGGUUACCCAGAGCAGCAACUUCCAGAACAGUUUCACAGACCAGGACAGCAAGAAAAGCACCUACAGCCUCAGCAGCACCCUGACACUGUCCAGUUCAGAGUACCAAAGCCAUAACGUCUAUGCGUGCGAGGUCAGCCACAAGAGCCUGACUACCGCCCUCGUCAAGAGCUUCAAUAAGAACGAAUGUUAG